AUGACAGAUAAUGUCAACAUGCAUAUUAUAAAAGAAGCCUCUCGAUCUAAUGUUUUGUUUGAUAUAAAAGCUUUUUUAUGCGUUUUUUCAAUAAUUUUUGUAUACUUUAAUCGCUCUUUAAGUUAUACCACAAAAUUAUUAAAUGUACAAGUAAUAAAACAAGUCUGA